AUGUAUCAACCUCAGUACGGCGUCCCCCACCAGAGCAUGCAGUAUGGCGUGCCUGGCAUCCAAGCAGCGGCCAUGGCCGCUACCGCUGCUGCGGCCGGUGGGACUGGUUACAACUACAUGUCUUCAGACCCCAGCUUACCGCAGACAUCGCCUCGCAUGACGACUGGAGGGAAGAAAGAUGCCCGCGAUCCCCGAUCGCCACAGCAGAUGAACACCAUGCCUGGUCGGCGGAUGAGUCAGGUUACCAGUCCUGGCGUGCCGCAGGCUCCCAUGAUGAACCAUGCUGGAGGCCGCGGUGCCGUGCAGCAACCCAACAUGCCCUCGGCGCAGACAAUGCAACAUCCUCAGUCACCCGAACUUACUACCGGUGCUGAAGAGUCUCCGCUUUAUGUAAAUGCCAAGCAGUUCCACCGUAUCCUGAAGCGGCGUGUUGCCCGACAGAGGUUGGAAGAGGCUCUUCGCCUUACCAGCAAAGGCCGCAAACCGUACUUGCACGAAUCGAGACAUAACCAUGCGAUGAGAAGGCCUCGUGGUCCUGGCGGUCGGUUUCUUACUGCCGAAGAAGUUGCAGAGAUUGAGAGAAACAAAGGCGCGGGUGAAGGCACUGACGCGGCCGCUGAGGCCCCUGCGGCUGCCGGUGGAAACAAGAGAAAGUCGACGAACGAUGGACGUGCGUCAACCAAGAAGACCAAAACGGAAACAAGCACACCGGAAGAUGAAGAUGAAGAUGAUGCCGAAGACGACAGCUAA